UACAACCACUUGUCGAUUUUUUUAUUUUGUAAACAAAACAAUAAAUUCAUGUCUUGGCCGGGAAAACUCUUAACUACCUACAAGGACUUUACCGCCGACUUGCCAGCUCUACAAAUUGACAAGAAAACCGAAGGAUGCGCCGGUUUCUGCAACUGCAAGUGCAAAUGCUGUCGAGGAUUCGCGGAGAAAUACGUGGCAUUCAAUGGGGAAAACGUAUUGGGCUCGGAAUUUCCCAAUCAGUUUUCCGAAGGAGACGAUAUCCAGAAAAUUAUGCGCUUUCGUAGCUCAGAUAUGUUGCUUUUACUGCAGGCAGCGCAGUUACGGGAUAAUUUCUGGAGCAAUCAAUAUUUUAAAGCCGAUUUACAGGAGGAUUAUCAAGCUAUUUUGGAUGCUUUUAAAGACAGAAACCGAAAAGUUCAGUUGGAAACUCUUGGGGAUAUUCUGGAUACAGUGACCACUGGCUAUAGACGAGCAGUUAGCCAAUUGACAGGUCAAGAAGCCCAGGGAGCGCUACGCCCAAAAUUUGCAGCUAUAAUCUUACCAGGAUUUCGUUGCGUUUGCCAUAAAUGUGAGCAUCUUCCGUGGAAAAAGCUGCAGGAUGUGGAGGAUCACCAAAGGAUUCAUCGCUAUUCGGACAACUUUCACUGUCAGAUUUGCUAUAGACGCUUUUACUUGCAGCACUCACUAACCUCUCAUUUAAGCAGGAAAACAGGAAUAACUUCCAAUCCUGAAGAUCUUUAUGAAAACGAGAGAUACAAAAGGUUACUGGAGAAACAGAAGUCAAGGGAACGAGAAGAAUUGCAAAUAUCAGCUGACACAGUUGAGGAUAUAGUGGUGCAGGUACCAAAAAACAUAGAAUGCUACUUUAGGAAGGAAAGAACACUUCCUGUUCAGAAACGAAAGACUUCUGUGCACACCAAGUGUCCGCUUUGCGAUCAGAAAUAUAGCUUCUCCUUUAGCCAUCAGCUGCAUAUGGUUAAGCAUAGAAGGCAUCGGUUAAAACCUAAGCUUUUUCCCUGCUCCUACUGUUUCAGGACCUUUCUCACCCGUAAAUUCUUGCGUAAGCAUCAGAGCAGAGUUAGAACUUCCAGUAAUCUACUUUAUCGUCCUUUCAAGUGUCGAAAUUGUCCGCGGAGAUUCCAAUUGUGGUCUACCCUUAAAACGCAUAUAAUUCAAAUACAUACACGAAAAAAUCUGUGUCUGAUUUGCCAACUUCCCACCUUGAGUCGAUGUUGCCCAGCUCACACCGCCAAGGAAUGCAGAGAAGCCGUCAAAAAACACCGGGAAAAACAAAGACUUUUGAGGGGACCACCGAGAGGUGGCUGCAAGAAAAAGCCCAAACCAAAAUGCGAAAUCUGUGAAAAAGACUUUGCAAAUAAAUUUUUCCUCACGGAGCACUUGAACAAGAAGCAUUUAAACAGGAGAAAUUUCACCUGUGAAAUCUGCGGAGCGAAUUUCUACAGUCAAGGCACCAUGCAAACCCAUCGAAAAUCAGUGCAUCUUUUGAAGCAGACAAUUAAAUGCGAAGUUUGUGAUCUUACCAUUAAAUCCAAGGGCAAUUACCUGAGACACUUGAAAUCUCAAAGCCAUAAGGAUAAUUCGUUAAAAUUAGGAAAAGAUCACGAAAAAUGUGAGGAAAGCACUCAAAGCGAUAAUCAUAUAAAUAUAACAAUGCAAUCUACAACAGAUAUGCAAGAUAUGGAAACAAAUUCAGAAUGUACUGCAAUAUACAAAGAUGGGGCAUCUAGAAACGAGAAUUCCGAAGAUAGACAGCUCAGAUCGAAAACCGCUUGCAGAUUUCAGAAACCAGAAAAAUUUACUUUUUGCGAACCCUGUGGAAAUUCAAUUGUGGGAAAUAUGCAACGGCAUUAUAAGUCUACUAAACAUAAGCGUAACUUGAUUUUGUACAAAAAAAAGGAUCGGAGAAAGUGCUAAUAUUAUA